UCUGGCGAUGGAGGGCGUGCGAGUGCUGGUCUACCUGUCCGUCUGUCUGUCCCUGCUGACCUCCCUGUGUCAGGGUCAAAGGUCGCCCGCCGCCCCCCCGCUGCCGGCGGACGAGCCGGCGCUCGGACUCACGACCGGAGAGAUGGCGGAGGUUCUACAGGGUUUCCUGGACGAAGCAGAAUCCAGGGUGGGACUCUCGGUGGAGAAGAAAGCCAGCGUCAUCCCCCGAUGUGAUGUAGGUGAACGCUGUGCGAUGAAGCAUGGACCUCGGAUCGGGCGUCUGUGCGACUGCCUGAGAGGAACGGCGUGCAACACCUUCUUCCUGCGCUGCUACUGACCUCACGUCCUGUCCCUGGUCGCCAUGGAGACAGAAGGACACUCUGCAUGUCUCAGUCUGGUUCAGUGUCUCAGAUUCAUGUAUUUUUAUUAAAUAAAGUUUCUUCAUAAAGCU